GCCCGUGCCACCCUCAUCAUAGCUUCACUCAGCCACGGUCUCCUCCUCCUCCUUCCAUCUGAUCCACCUGUACGUACGCAGCUCAGCCGCCGGCCGGCGAGAAGGAGAAGAAGCUAGCCAGCCAGCCAUGGGGAACAGCCUGCGCUGCUGCCUGGCCUGCAUGCUCCCCUGCGGCGCCCUCGACGUCGUCCGCGUCGUGCACCUCAGCGGCCGCGUCGACGAGUUCACCAGCUGCCCGCUCACCGCGGCCGACGUCCUCGCCGCGCACCCCAACCACGCGCUCACCGCCGCCUGGUCGCCGGGCGGCGCCGGCGCCGGCGGCGCGCCCUGCAGGAAGAUCGUCAUCGUGUCCCCGGACUCCGAGCUCAAGCGCGGCCGCAUCUACUUCCUCAUCCCCUCCGCGUGCUCCGCGCCCGCCGCCGACAAGAUGAUGACCCGCCGGAAGAAGAAGAAGCGCUGCCACGGCAACGGCAAUGGCAAGGGCGGCUCCGCCGCCGCGGCGAGCACCGCGGAGCAGGACAACUACCUGAUGGAGCUGCUGUCCGAGAAGCGGGGGACGAGCCACCGCCGGCGGCGCAGCGGCGCCCGCGCCGGUGUGUGGCGGCCGCAGCUGGAGAGCAUAGCGGAGGAGCCAUCAGACUAGCUAGGCAGCUAGCUAGUGAACCACCUUUUGACCAUUUUUUUUCCUUCUUUUUUUUUCUCUUCGUUUCUUCUCCUCUCGAUCUUCCGCUGUGAAUAUGAACGGUGGAUGAUGAGGACCCUUCCAAUUUUGGGGUCUCUCUCGUGCGUUCGAUCCCCUGACGAGCUGUAAAAAUCUUCAGGGUUCGAACGCUGUGUGUGUGUCUCGGAAGUCGAGGGAAAAUUUGGAGAAAAAAAAAAGUAAGAUCCAAGAUGUACAAACAGAAUUUUAGAUGGAGUGCAGUGCAUUGAUUUGUUUAUUUCCAAGUUGCUGCUGUAAA